ACCCUCCCGGGCGGCAGCCGUGGGCUCCUCGGGGCUGUGCCCCGCGCGGAGGUCCCGGGGCCGCGGGGAUCUCAGGGCCCCGCUCCGUCCGGGCGGUGCCCCGGCUGCCCGUCGGCUCGGCCGGGGAGGGGGCGCGGGGGUCCCCGAGGGCGCGCCCGGCGCAGGCGGGCAAUCCCCGCGUCCUUAGAGGGGCGUCCCGUGUCCCUGGCCGGGGGUCCCCGCGGCCGUGCUCAGAGCGGGUUACACGCGCUGUGGGGUCAGCGCACCGAGGGGGUCCCCGGGGCUCUGCCAGGCCCACGCUCCGGGAUCCCGACGGGACCGAGAGGCGCUGCCGUGCCCCCAGCCGGGGCUCCGUGCUGUGCCGCAGCUCCCCUGCCCGGGGCCGGCCCCCCACGCUCAAUGCCGCCUCUGUUUGCCACUCCGGCUGCUGAAAGGCACAUUGAGACCCUGCGGCACGGGCCUUUUGUAGAAAGCCCUGCGAUGGCGGCUGGGGAUCUCUGCCCCGGGAUGAGGGUCUCUGCCCCGGGAUGAGGGUCUCUGCCCCGGGCUGCAUGGCACGGGCUGAGCACGGGUCCAGUGGUGGCUGCUUGCCACCCGGGCAGCCCGGAGUGCCCGUCUGCGGGAGCCCGGGGUGCUGCCACGUCCCCUGUGCUGCAGGGAGGGAGGUGGCACUGAGGGCACUGCUGGCACCCCAGCCCGCAGGUGGGCUCACAGUGCUCACACGUGGAGGACACGCUGUGUCCUGGGCCAGGAUGAGGGGUCCUGUGUCUGUGAGGCUGGGCAGGUCUGGGUGUGAGUCCCUUGGGCACUGCGCUUCCUGCUCAGGUGUUGGCAUCCUGCUUGGGCGGAGCUGCCACGUGUCCCAGUGUCCCUGCGUGGCUUGGGGACAAGCUCACAGCUCAUCAGUGGGGUCGGUUCUCAGGGCCACGGGAGCUGGGCCAGGCUGCCCAGCCACUCUGGAGACAGCAAGGGUCAUCCUUGCCACCCGAGAGGAACCCACUUCCUCCCAGGACCCUGUGGGGACGUGCCCCAGGACACUGUGACACGGGGCUCACCUUGAGCCAGGUGCCUCAGCUCGCUGCCUGAGCUGCAGUGACCAUGGCACAGAUAGAGCUGCCGGGCAGGUCGUGCAAUCCUGCCAAGGCGCUGGGGCUCCUGGGCAGGGGGCGCAGAGAGAGCCAGGUGAGAGGGGCUGAGGGUGGUUCCAGCAGCAAACAGCCCAUGGGCAUGGUGCCUCUUAGCUGCAUGAGGUGGGAGCACCUUCUGCUGCAAGAGAGGGGAUGGGGCCCCUCAUGGCUGUGUUCUGCUGUCCCCCGAGCUCAGUCAGCACCAAAUCCAGCUCUUUGACCUUCUCGCUCCCCUCUUCCCACCAGGCUCUGCUCGCCCCCUGUCUGAUGCCUGUCCCGCCCUGCCAUGAGUCUAUGAGCCCCCUCCGGAUCAGCGUGGGUGGUCUGCCCGUGCUCGCGUCCAUGACCAAGGGUGCUGACCCCCGCUUCCGACUGCGCUGGAAGGCCAUCGUGCUGUCCUCAGCCUGCGUGGGGCUUCUGCUGCUGCUGCUCUGCCUGCACCGCUCCUCCCCAGCACGGCAUGGCCCCCCCAGCCCCCGCACCUGGCAGCUCGGCCUGCGGGCGGGGGAGCGCUACAAUGACACGUACCCGCUGUCCCCGCCGCAGAGGAACCCCGAGGGCGUGCGCUACCGCAUCGGCGUCAUUGCCGACCUGGACACGCAGUCCCGGGGCUCCCAGGAGCACACCUGGUUCAGUUACCUGAAGAAGGGCUACCUGGUACUGUCAGACAGUGGGGACAGAGUGACGGUGGAGUGGGACAAGGAUGAGAGCAUGCUGCAGUCCCACCUGGCGGAGAAGGGCCGGGGCAUGGAGCUCUCAGAGCUGGUGGUUUUCAACGGGAAGCUGUACGCGGUGGACGACCGGACAGGCGUGGUCUACCAGAUCGAGGGCAACAAGGUGGUGCCUUGGGUGAUCCUCCCAGAUGGGGACGGCACUGUAGGCAAAGGCUUCAAGGCAGAGUGGCUGGCAGUGAAGGAUGAGCACCUGUACGUGGGAGGACUGGGCAAGGAGUGGACCACCACGACAGGGGAAGUGGUGAACGAGAACCCCCAGUGGGUGAAGGUCAUUGGCUACAAGGGUGACGUGAGCCACGAGAACUGGGUGACAAACUACAACGCGCUGAGGGCUGCAGCGGGGAUCCGGCCCCCAGGGUACCUGAUCCACGAGUCGGCCUCCUGGAGCGACACGCUGCAGCGCUGGUUCUUCCUGCCGCGCCGCGCCAGCCACGAGCGCUACAGCGAGCAGGCGGACGAGCGGCGGGGCACCAACCUGCUGCUCAGCUCCACCCAGGACUUCGGGCACGUCACGGUGGCGCGCGUGGGCGACGUGGUUCCCACCCAUGGCUUCUCCUCCUUCAAGUUCAUCCCGGACACGGACGACCAGAUCAUCGUGGCGCUGAAGUCAGAGGAGGACAAUGGCAAGAUCUCCAGCUACAUCAUGGCCUUCACACUGGACGGGCGCUUCCUCCUGCCCGAGACCAGGAUUGGCAGUGUGAAGUACGAGGGCAUUGAGUUUAUUUAACAGACAUCUGGAGCGAGUGGAGGCGUGUGGGCAGGCCCUGCUAGCCUGCUCCUAGCCCGGGGUCCAUGAGAGAUGUCAGGCAGCGCUCCCAGCUGUGUCCUUGGCCCUGGGCUCUCCUGUAAAGUGUUGACUGAGCUGCAGCAGGUGUGGUGCGAGUGUUUCGGCAGUGGCACCUGGUGGCAAGGGACCGCCACCACAGGGUGCUCCCGGCCCCGGGACAGUGUCCAGGUCCUGGAGUGCUGGUGCCUAGUCAGGCCCCAGUGCAGCCCCUAGUGCCCAGCCCUGAAUUGCGACAGAACCAUCUGCGGUGGCUCGGUGGCUCUGGUGACAUCCAUGCUCUGGGGUUGCAGCUGAGCCCCAGCUCUACAGCUGUGCCUUGUGUGCCAUGGGGCUCGCUGGGUAGAGUGGGGUGUGCAGCCAGAGAGGGUCAGACUGGGGGGAUUUAAUCAGGCUUUUUCUUCAGAAGCUGGAUUUCCUUCCCUUUUCCCAUCAGCUGGGUGAGAGGAUGGCUGGGGUGACGAGUGGCCUGUUUCAGAGAAAAGUCUCACAUGGGAGGGGACAGUGUUUGUGUCCCUCUGCCUGUUUCAGAGAAAAGUCUCGCAUGGGAGGGGACAGUGUUUGUGUACCUCUGCUCCUGUGAGCACAGAGGAUGCAGCAGUUCCCUCACCACUGUGGUUCCAGCACAGUGGCUGUGCCUAUGGGGCAGGGGGUGUGGUUGAUGGGGCCACCAGCUGUGGCCAGAUGUGAAGUGGGCCCAUCCUGGUGCCAUUCUCAGGCCACACCCUCAGAGGUGUGUGUGUGUGCUGGUCCUCUGUCUUCUCUAAGCCCUGGCUGCACAUGGCUCCGACCCCAGAAAUGCUCCCAGCCCCAGAACUGUCAGCUCUGGGAAGAGCUGAGCCCUGGACAGAACUGCUGGGAGCUGGCAGCAGUGCAGCCAUGCUGUGCAAGGGCUGCUGUGCUCGGUGCAGGAGCAGAGCCAGGAGCUGCAGUUCUGCUUCCCAGAGCCAGCAGCAGCUGAGGAGCGUUCACAGCAGCCCAGGGCUUUGGCCAGGGAGCCCUCCCCACGCUCGCCAGCGUGUUGUGAAACUGCUGCCGCAGCCCAUGGCCCCCAGGAGGAACUUGUGUGGUUUCAGAAGCCACAAGGGCCAAAGGGGCGUCUGCUGGCCCCAGGGCCCUCCUGACCCCCUGACCAAGGGGACUGUGGCUCCUGGCCUGCCCCAGGUCACAGGGCAGCUUAUCCUCACACCAGGCCCGGUGCUUGGUUCUGUGGUGUCCCCACUUUGGUCCCUUUUACACUGCCCCUAGGGCAGAUCUGCCAGCAGGUCGGGCUUCAGAGAGCUGGGCCUGGCCACUGUGCUUUGAGGGGCCCUUGUGCCCCCUGUAUCCCUGUGCCAUGCCCUGGCACUGCUCUGCUGUGGGUCCAGCCGUGCACAGGGAGGGAGGGGGCCUGUCGGGGCAGCAGUCAGGCUGUGGUUGGGUGGAAGGAUCCACAGAGCGGUUGGGGCCCUCCCAAGAACCCCGCCAGGCUGCUCCCCCCACCCCUGUUUACAGUGUCAGCACCUCUGUGAGCCAUGCAGAGCUGCAGGCCAGACAUGUGUUUUCAUUUAGCCCAGACAAUGACUCGGCCAGCACUGGGCUGCGCUUGUCUCUAGACAGGACCUGUCCCCAGCCUGCAGACAGGCCUGGCUUUGGCCCCUGCACGUGGCCUGGGGAUCAUGCAGCACCCGGCCCAGGGCACCCAGCAUGCUUUUGCAGCCCACACUGGGCGCCAGCUGGCCACAGUCCAUGAUGGCCACUCAGCCAUCACUGGCACUUGGCAAUCUCUCCUGGCCUCAGUCACCCUCCCAGCCCAGCGCUGGCAGCUCCACAGCACCUGUUGUGGCCCCAGGGCUGUGCCAGUGGCUGUUCCUGCUACCUGGUCCCUUCUUGUCCCCUGGGCCGAGGCACCCCUGGGCCCCUGCCCUGAGCACUGCGCUGCCCUCAGAGCAGCAGCACCAAUGCCUCAUUUCCUGCUGCUGCUGCAGCCUCUGCAGGCUGUGGGCCCCACGGUGGAGUUGGCAACCUGGGGCCCCAUCUCCAGCUGUCAUCCAGCAUCCCAGCGCUGUCAAUGCUGUCACCUCCCCUGUGUUCCUGCAGGCUCAGGCAGGGUUUGGGCUGGGUCCAGCUGCACAGUUCUGUUUCUUCUCCUGCUGGAGGCUGAGCUCUCUGUUACCUCCCUCUUCUGCGUGUAUCCAUGGCAGUGCUGUGACAAGAGGCUGGCUCAGGAGCAUA